GCCAAAAAAUGGUGGAAAAUACUGUGUGGGGCGCAGGAUGAAAUUUAAAUCGUGCAACACUGAACCAUGUUCUAAAUUAAAGAAAGAUUUCCGUGAUGAACAAUGCGCUGUCUUUGAUGGGAAGCAUUUUAACAUUAACGGUCUACCUCCUAAUGUGCGCUGGGUUCCUAAGUAUAGUGGAAUUUUAAUGAAAGACCGGUGCAAGCUCUUCUGCAGAGUGGCAGGAAAUACAGCUUAUUAUCAGCUCAGGGACAGGGUUAUUGAUGGCACCCCUUGUGGCCCAGACACAAAUGACAUCUGUGUACAAGGACUUUGUCGGCAAGCUGGAUGUGAUCAUGUGCUCAAUUCCAAAGCCAGAAGGGAUAAAUGUGGUGUGUGUGGUGGCGAUAAUUCAUCAUGCAAAACCAUUGCAGGGACAUUCAAUACGGUGCACUAUGGUUAUAACACUGUGAUACGCAUUCCAGCCGGUGCUACAAAUAUCGACGUACGGCAGCAUAGUUACUCAGGGAAACCAGAAGAUGAUAAUUACCUUGCGUUGUCAAGCAAUGAGGGCUUCAUAUUAAAUGGAGACUAUGUUGUCAGUAUGUUUAAGAAGGAAAUCAAAAUUGGAAAUGCUGUCAUAGAAUACAGUGGCUCAGACACUCCCAUCGAACGCAUCAAUUCUACUUACCGCAUUGAUCAAGAAAUAGUUCUUCAGGUUUUAUCAGUGGGUAAUUUAUAUAACCCUGAUGUUCGAUACACAUUCAAUAUCCCCAUUGAAGAUAAACCCCAGCAGUUUUAUUGGAAUGUCUAUGGUCCUUGGCAGCCCUGCAGUAAACUCUGCCAAG